GUGUGUGUUCAGGGUGUGACUCCUGUCAAACAUUGACAGUUUCACUGAGGUUAGACAACUUCUUGUUUCAUGGCGAAAGGUCGGAGUUCAACACCGCGGACCCGCCGUUUAACGUCCUUCAGGUCCAGUGUGUCUGUCACUGCUCUACUCUCCACCGCUCAUAUAUGUCGUUUUGGGAGUUAUUGGCAAUCAACCAAUAAUGUUUGUGUGAAAGCUGCUCAGCCGGUUUCUUUCCAUUCCAACGGCUGCUUCUCUGGAAACAGUUUAAAGUGAAACUAAAGUUUUCUCCUCACAGUGUCGGCAGAUUAUCAGGAGGAGGAAAGUGACAACUGGCUGUGAACUGAAUGUGUUUUUCAAGUGUUCGUUUAGUGAGAAGCAGACUAAUGAGGACUUUGUGUUUGUUGUAGUUUUUACAGGAAGAUGAAGAUGUUUGUGGUGUUUGUGAUCCUCGUGCACGUUUCCCAGCAUGCCUCAGCUGUGGAGCUGUAUGAGGGGGAGGAGUUUGUCCUGCUGCCCUGUGAGUAUCACACAUUUGACAUGGACGACCCCUCAGUGGUGUGGAGCCGCUACGAUCUCAAUCCUCCAACCGUCCACCAGCGUCAGCAGGAAGGUGAUGAAUUUAUAUACCAAAACCAGCUUUACAGCGGCCGAACAUCCAUGAUGGCUGACGCUCUGGAAACUGGAGACCUCAGCCUCAAUCUGACAAAACUCCGCCUCUCUGACAGCGGCACCUACACCUGCACCGUCAGAUCAUCAAGAGGAAAACAGAGAGUGAGAGAAGUACAGCUGAAGGUCAAAGUUUACCAGCAUGCCUCAGCUGUGGAGCUGUAUGACUGGGAUGAGUUUGUCCUGCUGCCCUGUGAGUUUCAAACUUUUGACAUGGACGACCCUACAGUGGUGUGGAGCCGCUACGAUCUCAAUCCUCCAACCGUCCACCAGCGUCAGCAGGAAGGUGAUGAACUUAAAGACCAAAACCAGCUUUACAGCGGCCGAACAUCCAUGAUGGCUGAUGCUCUGGAAACUGGAGACCUCAGCCUCAAGCUGACAAAACUCCGCCUCUCUGACAGCGGCACCUACACCUGCACCGCCAGAGCAUUAGGAGGACAACGGAGAGUGAGAAACAUACAGCUGCAGGUCAAAGAACGAUUUCCACCCUGGGCUAAAGCUCUCCUGGUUCUCCUGGUUCUCCUGGUUCUUGGUCUUAUUGUUUCUGGGGGUCUUUUGGUGCAUUUUCGGCAGUAUUUCAUGUCAGUCUACCAGGUGGAGGUGGAUUCAGGGGUGGAGUCUGUCCUGCUGCCCUGCAAAACCACAGUUCACCUGCUUAAGCAGGUCACAGUGGAGUGGACGGACAGUGACAACUGGAAGGUCCAUGUGUAUCAGAACGGUUCUGAUCAGCCUGAAGAACAGAACCAGGAUUACAGAGACCGAACAGAGAUGAAGAGAAACCUGCAGGAACCUGGAGACCUCAGUCUGACCCUGAAAUACCCCACAGACAGAGACAGAGACACCUUCACCUGCACCGUCUACAACAGGGAGAGAAAGAUCCUGAUGGAGAAACAAGUGCUGCUCAAGGUCAAAGUCUGUCAGGUGGAGGUGGAGGAGGGGGCGGAGUCUGUCCAACUGCCCUUUAAGACCACAGCUAACCUGCCUGAGGACGCUACAGUGAGGUGGAUCCGCUAUGAA